GGGGGGGGGGUGAGUAAGCGAGCAGGCCGCGCGCGCUCUCGCCCGCCUGCCGUUUCCUAGCCCUAGCCUGUGAUUGGUGCAGGCCUCGAACCUGGCGGACCCGAAUGCCAGGCCCCGAAAGCGGCAGCCGAGGCGGCCGAGUCUCACAGCCACCGCCUCCCCGCUCGGGCCGAGCCCGCCAAGCGAAGAUGGAACACUGAGCAAUUAUGAUUUUUCCAAGGUCAACAAGACUGUCUAUGGGGAAAGUAGGGCAAAUCUCCUAGAUUCAGUCAAACUUGCCUUCCGUUUGAUAACCCUGGAAACCUGUGAAGGAGAGCACUAAUAUACAUGUUUUGUUGAUGGGAAACUGAUGUUGGAAGCAUGUGACUUGCACAGAGAGAGUUCAUGGGGUACAGUAUGACUGGUGUUCUCAUCAUAUUCCAUGUUCCCAUAAACAAGUACCAUCCAUGUAAGAUCAUACCACUUGGCUUGGGUCCUUGCUUUGUUAUGGCCAUGCUGCUAUCUUCAUCCAUGUUAUCAGCCAGGUUCUCAGACACAGUGCUCAGCCACUUCCGCAGCAUUUUUGAAAAGUUUAUGAAUGAGUGUAACUGAUUAUGGAUCCAGGUGGUGGAAGUCUUGGACUGCAGACACAGGAGUCCAAAAUGCCUCAUACCAUGAUUAUGCAAGAUUUUGUGACUGGAAUGGCUGGUACUGCUCAUAUUGAUGGAGACCACAUUGUUGUGUCAGUUCCUGAAGCUGUACUAGUUUCUGAUGUUGUCACAGAUGAUGGGAUAACUCUUGAUCAUGGCUUAGCAGCUGAAGUUGUUCAAGGACCUGAUAUCAUCACCGAAACUGAUGUCGUUACGGAAGGUGUGAUAGUUCCUGAAUCUGUGUUGGAAGCCGAUGUUGCUAUUGAAGAAGCUCUUGAUACCAGUGAUCAUGUAUUGACUUCAGAUCUAAUAACAGAAACUGUUAGAGUUCCCGAUCAGGUUUUUGUGGCUGAUCUUGUUACGGGUCCUGAUGGCCAUUUGGAACAUGUGGUACAAGAUUCUGUGUCAGGGGCCAACUCUCCUACAAUGGUUUCAGAGGAGGUUCUUGUCACAAAUUCAGAUACAGAAACUGUGAUUCAAGCAGCUGGAACUGUUCCUGGUUCUACAGUUACCAUAAAGACUGAAGAAGAUGAUGAUGGCAAGAGUACAUCUGAAGACUACUUAAUGAUAUCUUUGGAUGAUGUUGGUGAAAAACUAGACCAUAUUGGAAACACACCAUUAAAAAUCAGCACUGAAGUCUCACAUGACAAUAUUUCUAAAGAUGAUGGUUUUGGCUCUGAAGUUAUUAAAGUUUACAUAUUUAAAGCUGAAGCAGAGGACGAUGUGGAAAUUGGUGGAACAGAGAUUGUAACAGAGAGUGACUUUCACAAUGGGCAUUCUGUAGCUGGAGUCAUAGAGCAAGGAGGCGUUGGCAGAGUACAGCGAGAAAAGAUGGUCUAUAUGGCUGUUAAAGAUUCCUCCCAGGAGGAUGAAGACAUUAAUUGUGCUGAAAUAGCGGAUGAAGUUUACAUGGAAGUUAUUGUUGGUGAAGAGGAAGCAACAUCGCUCCCUGAUGCGCAGCUUGAAGACUCUGGUGUGAAUAAAACUUUUGUUCCUGUUGCAUGGGCUGCCGCUUAUGGAGAUGAUAGAAGACUUCCCAGGAGGUAUGAAGACUGUCAAACACCAGGAACCAACUUGGAGGCAAGAUUAGAAAACAAAAAUGGCAAUGCAACCCAAUUCUUGCAAAUUUGUGACAGCAUUAGUACAAACAGACUGCUUAAACAGAAGGCCAAGAAGAGACGGCGAGGGGAAGCCAGGCAGUGGCAAACAGCUGUUAUAAUAGGUCCUGAUGGGCAGCCUUUAACCGUCUACCCCUGUCACAUAUGUGGGAAAAAAUUUAAAUCCAGGGGAUUCUUGAAAAGGCAUAUGAAAAACCACCCCGAUCAUAUGAUCAAGAAGAAAUACCAGUGCACAGACUGUGAUUUUACAACUAACAAAAAAGUCAGCUUCCAUAAUCAUCUGGAAAGUCAUAAGCUGAUCAACAAAGUUGACAAGACCCACGAAUUCACGGAGUACACCCGGCGGUACAGAGAGGCAAGCCCGCUGAGUUCAAACAAACUGAUCUUAAGGGAUAAGGAGCCCAAAGUGCACAAGUGCAAAUAUUGUGACUAUGAGACUGCAGAGCAGGGGCUCCUCAACAGACAUCUACUUGCGGUCCACAGCAAGAACUUCCCUCAUGUUUGCGUCGAGUGCGGGAAGGGAUUCCGCCACCCUUCGGAACUCAAAAAGCAUAUGAGAACCCACACAGGGGAGAAGCCUUAUCAGUGCCAGCAUUGUGUCUUCCGUUGCGCUGAUCAGUCCAAUCUGAAGACACACAUCAAAACUAAGCACGGCACUGACCUGCCCUUUAAAUGUGAACAUUGUCCGCAGGCGUUCACAGACGAGAAAGAACUCCAGCAGCACAUGGAGUUAUUUCAGGGGCAUAAGACUCAUCAGUGCCCACAUUGUGAUCAUAAGAGCACCAACUCGAGUGACCUAAAGCGGCACAUAAUCUCCGUUCACACAAAGGACUUCCCUCACAAGUGCGAGGUAUGUGAAAAAGGUUUCCACCGUCCGUCAGAGCUCAAAAAGCACAGUGAAACCCAUAAAGGUAAAAAGAUCCAUCAGUGUAGGCACUGUGACUUUAAGACUUCAGAUCCUUUUGUACUUAGUGGGCAUAUCCUCUCUGUUCACACCAAGGACCUGCCUUUUAAAUGCAAACGAUGCAAGAGAGGAUUUAGGCAGCAAACCGAACUGAAGAAGCACAUGAAGACCCACAGUGGAAGGAAAGUGUAUCUAUGCCAGUAUUGUGAGUAUAGCACUACAGACGCAUCGGGCUUCAAACGGCACGUCAUAUCAAUACACACAAAAGACUAUCCACACAGGUGUGAGUACUGCAAAAAGGGAUUCCGUAGGCCGUCAGAGAAAAAUCAGCAUAUAAUGAGGCACCACAAAGAGGCCCUAAUGUAACUAUGAGCUAUGGAAGGAAGUGAUUUAGAAACUGUGAUGUGCUAAUUGGGGAAGAAAACUCUCAUGAACUGUUUCUCCUGGUUUCAAAGCUUGAUAUUAAGUCAUAACUUUACAUUCUUUGUAUUAAAAGUCUUUAAAAAGUGUUAGGGUUGACAGGGGAUCUCAAAGCCCUAUGAUUGUUGCUUAUCAAAAUCUAAAAGAACACUAUACAGAGGUGUGAAUGAAUGUCUGAAAAAGCUGCAGAAAGAGACCUUGAAUGUCUUGUUUAAAGUAUUAUAUACAUUGUUAAGCUACAGGAAAAUACUGAGACAGUUACCUUAGCCCUUUUAUCAAUAAUGCCAGUUGUCUCCUUGAUGAAAACUGGAGACCAGUGUUCUUCAGAAAUGUUUGCUAAGGCAAGUCAACCAUAUGCAGUUUCUGAGGAGCUGGAUGGUAGUAGUCCCUUAGGUCAUUACAUUCUUAAAUUGUGCUGGGCAAUGGUAUUCAAGAACUGGUCAAAAUCUGAGGUCUGUCCUGGUUUUUUUUCUUUUCCUUUCAAAGCAAACAUUUCAUCUGGGAAAUUUUGUUUCCUUCAUUAAGUUAGGUUGAAAAAGUAAUUUUAAAACAUUUUUUCAGAGCUGCUAACCUAUUUUUAUUGCAGGAUACGGUGUUUGAAAUAUAGCAUUAUGUUUUUGAGCUCAAAAAGGUGUUGUUCGGUGCUAGGAUUAAAGACGUGUAUGUAUAUAAUUUCCCUUUUUAUCUAAAGCUGCAGUUGAAUGUUCAGUAUGGCACUUGUGACAAAAAAGUACCUUUUGACUGAUUUAAAGAUUUAUUUUUAAUGAAAUAAAUAGAUGGAUGCAGCCGAUGGUGCUAAGACUUGGCACAGUUCUUUUUCUUGCUACUUUAAUAUCUUCCCUGAAAAAGAGAAUCAAGAUUGAAAGAACAGAACAGUUGAAAAUUGCCUAGAGAACCUUUAGGGGGCAGUGUUCCUGCCAGGUAGGACUCUUGUCAUUACCUGCCAAUAUAAAAUUUUCAGCAUAGACUUGAAAAUUGCACCUUUUAAUCAACCCAUACAGAACCUAUUACCAUAUUAUAAACACGCAUUCUCAAUCUGUAAGAAAGUUAUAUAUGCAGUAUUUAACCAGAACAAUAUGCUGCCACUAGAGUUUGGAGGUGGAUCUUCAGUUUACAGUGUAUACAUUUGAAAUAUGCAUCCCUUUAAACAAUGCUUUGUGUUAGCAUGCUGCAAAUCAAAAUGGCGCUUAAUAUAACAAGCUGGUCUAGGGCUAUUUAAUUAAAAAAAAAACCUGUUCAUAAAUGUUAUGCAUAUAAUGUGUAAUUUUUUUAACUUUUUUUUUUUUAAGUUGCUUCAUGUUUGCACACAGCUGUUCACAUGAUAAAUUGUAACUUUACUUCAUGCUACUAUAUUGUGGCUUUGUGUUUCGGAUAAUGUUCAUACUUUGUUUUUGCACCAGAUGAGAAUCAGUUCCUUGAGAAUAAAUUUUUUUUAUAUUUCUAAACUUCAGAAAGUUAACUUUGGGAAACCUUAGAGAACUACUUGUGUUUUAUGUGGCUGUAAAAAAUGAUGUACACGCUGUAAAAUAAGAUUGUCACUGUUAUGUGGGAUUAUUAUUUCUAAUUGUGUUACUCAUUGUAAUGAGCAUACAAUAAAAUGCAUCUCUUGCACUCCA